AUGUCCACGGCCGGUUCGCACACCCGCUCGGCAACAAACGGCGUCAUGGCCCACACCCACGAUGUGUCCGCCAUGACAAAUGGCCACGCCCACGACACCCGCCCUGCGCCGCCUCCGCCACCACCCCCGCCGGGCUCGUCCGCCGCACCGGCAGCCCCGGCUCUAUCCAAGAUGAAGCAGAACAAGAGGCAGCAGAACGUCGCCUCCAACGAGGCGUCCAAGCUAGUCGCCCAGAAGAUUGCGCAGCUGGAGCUGGACCAGGCUGGCGAAAAGGACCAGGAGCUGGAGAUUGAAAAGGAAGUGCGAAAGGCAAAUCGCGAACUGCACAGUCAGACGGCAAAGAUGGACUCCUUGCAGAAGAUCGACCAUCUGUCGAAGCGCUGCACAGAUCUGUUGCACGAGAUGAAGCGGCUCGAGCGCGAGAGCCAGAAGAACAAGAAGAAGAACGACCAGCUUCAGAAGGAGCGGGACCAGAGCCGGAGCGACCUGAGCAAGACCAUCGGCCUGAAGGAGAAGUUGGAGAAGCUCUGCCGCGAGUUGCAAAAGGAAAACAACAAACUCAAGAACGAGAACCGGACCAUGAAGGCCAACGAGGUCUCUAAUCUGAACUCUUGGGACCAGAAAUAUGCAACGCUGCUGCAGAAGCUCGACGAUCUGCAAGACGAGAAAGACCACCCCAAAAAGCAGGUGGUGGAUGUCGAGCUGGACGAGUUGUUUCGGCAGCGAUUCAAGUCGCUCAUCGAGCAGUACGAGCUGCGCGAACUUCACUUCCACUCGCUCAUGCGCACAAAGGAGCUGGAGGUGCAGUAUAACAUGGCGCGCUUUGAGCGCGAGAAGAAGCGGGCCGAGGCCGAGGUGGCUCUGUCACGGCGGCUGAACGAGCAGGUGCAGACCUUUUCGCGGACAGAGAGUGAGCUGCGGAAUCAGCUCAAUCUUUACGUGGAGAAGUUCAAGCAGAAGGAGAUGGAGGAGGCGUCCAGCAAGACGAGGAAGCUUGAGAAGGACAACGACGGCAUGAAGAGAAAGCACGAGGCGAUGAGCCAGAACGUGGUGAAGAUGGCGGAGGAGCGGGCGGAAAACGCACGGCUCCUGGACCUCACAAAGAGGCAGCUGGAGAAGCUCAAGUCGAUUGUCGUCAUGAUGCAGCGACAAGAGGCCAAGGUCAGCCAGGGUGCUGCCUGGAUCUCUGACUUCCUGGCAUCCAACGGCGUCAGCAUUGUUCCCAAGAGCAUGCUGACGGCCGACGGCCUGAUGCUGGCCCGGGAGAGCGACCCGGUCGCGCUGGAGGCGGACAGCGAGGGCGCGGACGCCGAGAGGCAGGUCGAGGCCGAGACGGUCGAGACGGUUGAGACGGCCGAGACGGCUGAGACAGCCGAAGCCGAGGGCGCAGCCAACCAUGUGGGAAGAGGACGCCGGCAAGUGGGGGAGACUGGCGGCGACGUGGAGGGAGGAAACGACCUCAGCGAUGCAGAUGCUGUGUUUGGUGACGACGAGGGGUCACCGAGCGCGAUAGAGGACACCGACCAGGCCGAUCCGGGGCCACACAAGGACAAGCAGCCGGCACAGAAGCAAAACCCCAGGCAGAAGGCCUGGUAUCUCCGGUCCAGCGUCCCGGUCUUCUUCCCAAGCCAUGCAGCCCUGCAGUUGCCCAGCAGCCAGUUCGAAGCCUUUCUGCAGACGGAUCUGGCUAGCCGCACGGCCGAAUUAGGCAAAGGCCCGACCGUUGAGGCUGCUCCACAGUCGCUGAUGGCGGACAUCCGCGAUGGACUCGAUGCAGUCGUCCUCGAUGUCAACGACAAUCCAAAACCAGCAACAGCAGAGCACCCGUUUGUGCAGGGCCUGCUGUCGGCGACCGAGCCGCAGGCGGUGCCGGACCUGACGAACAAGAUGCUGACAGACAACGGCGACGUGGCAUUCCGGUCGACGGAGAACGCGCUCGUGGAUCUCUUCUCUGAGCUGCAGGAGGCGGUGUCGGGGCCACGGCUGGUCGACCUGCUGGACGCGGCGUGGGCCCAAGACAGCCUGGCGACGCUCAAGAUGAUCUUCAACGCGCGGUCGAUCCACCUGGGCAAGAGCUCGCGCACGACGUUCUACCGCAGUGCCGGCUGGCUGGCACAAAAGCAUCCGCUGACGCUGGUGUCGAAUCUGCGGUGGCUGAGCCGGCCGGUGAUCGAGAAGAAGGUGGAGAAGAAAGAGGCGGUUGUGGUUGAGUCACGUGACGUGGACGAGAGCGACCCUCUGCCUAUUGAUGUGCGCAACGGUGUGGCCCACGGAUACUGGAAGGACCUGCUGAACCUGCUGGCGCUGGCGGCCAAAGGCAAGCUAGGACCUCUGGCGUCGCCGCACGAGAUGCUGAACGUGGACGAGCGCACAAACAAGCGGGUGCGUAUGGUGAACCAGGCGACGGCCAAGGCGAAGCGGCACGUGACGCGGACGAAACGACACGAGCGGGCAGUCGGGCUGUUCGAGACGGACUCGACGUACCGGGCGCUACACCUGAUGGGUGCCAAGUGGGCGCCGUCGACCGACCGGUUCCACGACCGACACACGUUUGUGGUGUCAUCGAUCGCGGAGCUGCUGUACCCGGCGUCUGCCUUUGGCGUGGCAUCGUCGGACCGCGCGCUGUACCUGCGCCACGCGCGCGAGGCCUACCGCAAGGACGUGUCGGCGCUGCGGGCACACCUGGACGUGGUGGAGCGACACCUUUCGGCCGGGACGAUGGGCGCGAUCACGUACAGCCGCAUUCCGUCGCUGGCGAUGAAGGCGUACGCGGGCGUGUUCGCAGCCAAGGACGAGGCGCGGUUCGACGCGUAG